CCAGCAGUUGAAGGCUUGCUGGGGCGAGUUGAACACUCAGCUGGACAGAUAUAGAAGCAGCGAGUGUCCCAAAACGAGCUCCAGUGAGCGUUACUCUCCUCUACUGUCACUCCUUCAAACACAAAAUGGAGAUUUCACUUGAGGAUGAAAGCAGCGGCACAUCGGCCAACUUUGAGGACAAGGCGGCUCACCAGGCUCUAAGGGAUCGCUGGAAAAAUACAGACGAAACCAUGUGUCGCCACAGCAUGUCUUUCCACCUGCACCACACGCUGAGGAGCGAGUUCUUUGCCAGCUACCUGUACCUGGUGGAGAAGAUUCCUCUGGUGAAGCUGUUUCCUGUCACCUGCGAGUACAUCAAAGGAGAGAAACAGUUCUACUACAGAGCUCAGAAGUUCUACGAGGACGUCCCCGCCUCCGAGGAGGGCAUGAUGGGAGAUUUUGUGGAGAUAUCCAACGUUGAUCUGGAGGGUUCCCGGCAGUUUCUGAAGAGGUUUGUGGGUCCGGGUAAGGCGGGCACACACUGCGCCCUGGACUGCGGCUGUGGGAUCGGCCGUGUGUCCAAAGGCGUCCUCCUUCCUGUGUUUGAGAAAAUGGAGAUGGCCGACAUGAUGGAGCACUUCCUGCUCCACGCACACGAGGAGUACCUCGGCGACGACGCCGACCGCAUUCAGACGUACUACUGCUACAACCUGCAGGACUUCACACCUCCCAAAAACAAGUAUGACGUCGUCUGGAUGCAGUGGGUGGCAUGCCACCUGACAGAUAAGGACCUGACCAACUUCCUGUUCCGCUGUCAGAAGAGUCUGCGUCCAAACGGAGUCAUCAUCAUGAAGGACAAUAUGGCGCGGCAGGGCUGCAAGCUGGACUCCAUCGACAGCAGCAUCAGCCGCCACCUGGACAUCAUGAAGGUCAUCAUCGCCAAGGCCGGCCUGGAGAUCCUCGCCAUAGAGAUGCAGGAAGGUCUCCCCGAGGUCAUCAUGCCCGUCUGGAUGAUCGCCAUGAAAUAGAGGCGACAUUGUAACUGUGAAAAGGUUGUUCAAUUUACGACGACUUGGAUGAAAUGUCUACAACAACACAUAGAGAAAUCCUCACGAUGUCAUGAGGGGACGAGUCAGUCAAAGGUUUAAUCUGGAACCAAGGUUUGAAAAUCCACUGUUUCUGCCAAACCGGGUCAGGAAAUCCAGUCACAUUUGGUCCUGGUGCCAAAUUUCACACCAACUUGGGCGCAGAUAACAAGCAGACGGCCCGGGUUUAAGUCCGACUUGAAGCUCAUUUCCUGCAUGUCUUCACCACUCUGGCUGCCUUAUGUCCAACUCUAUCCACUGUCCUAUCUUAAUAGACCGUAUUCCCACAGUGGCCAUGUUGCCAUGACAUCACGCUCAGCGUAGGAAGCCCAAAUGUUGUUGUAUCUUUCCACGUAUUCUCAAAGUUUAAGUCAUGCUAACGUCGCACAUCUGAGCAACUUGUUUAAUUUCAAAGCUUCCCGGUUGAUGAGAAAGUACACAGACAGUGGAUGCUGAAAAUCCAGAGACACAUUAUGAGUUAAAAAACAUGCUUGACGGGCGCCGGAUAGCCUAACGGUUAUGUCAGACGCUCCCAUGUACAGAGUGGUUAGUCCUCGUAGCAGCAGUGGCUUUGAAAAUGGUUUCAGCUGUUCAUAACAAUCUUUACAAAACAAAUCCUUUAGCUGAGAUACUUUCACUCCAAGAACUCAAAACCCAAGAGAGUGCAGUUUUCUAACUUUAAGUAAAAAAUAUCUCUGGCCUGGUGCCAAAAAAAAUCAUACUUAAUAACCUGUCAGCUACCGCUAACGUUAGCAUUCAGCUACUUGACCGCUAACGUUAGCAUUCAGCUACUUGACAUUUAGAUUUGAGAAUCUAAAAGAAAAAGAAAUGUGGAAAUUGGGAGUGAAGCCAACGCCAAGGAUCAGUAGACGGCCAAAUCUGACUGUUGUUCAAAUUCAUCAGCGGAUAUCCAGAAACAGAUCUCGAGCUGACACCAGGUGGAGUCCUUCAGGACGGCGUGACGAUAUGUUAGAGCAGGAUUCUGUAAAUAUGAACUUCGUCUUUAUGUAAGAAUGUUUUAUACUGUGGCUUGUAAUAUCGCAGUUUGAUAGAAACCUAGUUUUUAUAUUGACUUUCUUCUCUGUUUGAUGUUUAAAUUCAGGAUGUGACAUUUAAAAGAAGCUUUAAUACUUUAAUAAGUGCAUGUCUGUAUAAACUGAAGAGAGGCUGCUUUCAGAAAUAAAAA